AUGCUUCGAAGUGUACCUUCAAGGUCCAGGCACUUACGGCACAAUGUCAUUUAUCGCAGACUUCAUAUAAUUCCUAGCCGGAGGGGUUAUUCUUCAUCAGCUCGACCUGCAAUUACCUCAAUAUUCACCGGUCAAUCUAAACAUCUCAGGACCUUUCUACAUACAAAAGCGGAAACUAGAAAUGAGUUUGUAGACGACACAAUAUAUGCGCUUUCCACGGCAUCUGGCAGAGCCGGCAUAGCUAUCAUACGUAUAUCUGGCUCCGCAUGCCUCGAUAUCUAUCAAGGCUUGUGUCCAUCUAAAUCGAUCCCAGCACCACGAUAUGCCGCUGUUAGAACACUGUAUGAACCGGCGAACUCGAUUCCAAACAUUCUCGACUCCGAUGCUUUAGUUCUUUAUUUCCCUGCGCCGAAAACCGUUACUGGUGAAGACGUCCUCGAAUUACAUGUGCAUGGAGGUUCAGCUACAGUCAAAGCAGUUCUAAGCGCAAUUCCACAAUCUACCUCGCCUGCGAAGAUCCGAUAUGCUGAACCUGGAGAGUUCACACGUCGAGCAUUCCAGAAUGAUAGGCUAGACUUGGCGCAAGUGGAAGCAUUGAGUGAUACAUUGUCUGCAGAGACAGAGCAACAAAGGCGCGCUGCUGUGCGAGGAAAUUCUGGGAAGCUUGGUCGCACAUAUGAAGCAUGGCGAGAACAAUUGUUGCAUGCGCGGGGGGAAUUGGAGGCAUUGAUUGAUUUUUCCGAGGACCAACAUUUCGAUGAAUCUCCAGCUGAGCUAUUGUCGAAUGUCACAGCUCAAGUCGAGAUUAUGUUGGAAUUGAUUGCCGCACAUGAGUCAGCAAGUCAUCGGGGUGAAUUACUCAAGAAGGGAAUUAGGAUUGCUCUACUAGGGCCACCCAAUGCCGGCAAAAGUUCCCUACUAAAUCAAAUUGUUGGCAGAGAAGCUUCUAUCGUUAGUCAAGAAGCUGGGACUACUCGAGAUAUUGUCGAGGUUGGUUUAGAUAUUCGUGGGUACCUGUGCACGUUUGCAGAUACAGCCGGUUUAAGAACUCAAGCUUCACAAAUUGGAAGUGUCAAGAGUGACUCGAUAAUCGGGGAUAUAGAGCAAGAGGGCAUUCGAAGAGCAAAAGCAAAGGCAAAUGAGUCAGAUCUUAUCGUUGCCCUCGCCAGUAUAGAGUGGUCAGAUAUUCGGAACGGGUGGGAAAUUCGCUACGAUCAUGAGACAUUCGAGAUAGCGGCUCGAGCCUCGAAAUCCAUGAUCGUUAUUAAUAAAUCUGAUUCAGUAACCCCUGGAAUACUGUCAGAACUUAUAAAUGACUUCAAAAAAUCUCAGAAAGGCAGAUUUGAUCAAUAUCCCGUUCCGUUGAUGUCAAUUUCAUGUAAAAAUGCUCAGGCGUUAACGGAUAAAGGAAGUAUUGGUCAUUUCGUUGACGAGAUGGUAUCUCUUUUCGGCAAUAUGACAUCUCUUCCGACUGAACUUGAGGAUUUACUCGGUGUUACUGAACGUCAGCGCCAGCUUCUCACAGCCUGCUCAGCCCAUCUAUUAGACUUUAUGGAUGAAGCACAAGAGCAUGUCGAUCAUGAACGGGAAGCGGAUAUAGUUUUGGCGGCUGAGCAUCUUAGAUCCGCAGCCAAUUGCUUAUCACGAAUUACAGGUAAGGGUGAAGCUGGUGAUGUUGAAGAAGUUCUAGGCGUAGUUUUUGAAAAGUAA